UUUCCUGGUUGUCCUCCUCCUCAGAUGAACCAGGUGACUGCAACCUGCUGGAUUUUCCUCCUCCUCUCUGCAUUCCUGUGCGAGCCCACACUAUGCAAAGGGGGACGCGGGGGAUCUCGGGGAUCGUCCAGAGGAACCUCCGCUCGUAGCUCCACGGCGGGCUCCUACCGCGGACCGGGCGGCUACGGCGGCCCGCGCUCUCGCUUCAGGGCGGCGGGGCGGACGUCCCCGGUACGGGUGGCCGCCGCCGCUGCUGCGGGGGCCGCGGUGGCCUUGACAGCAGAUAAAUGGUACGCAUCCGCCUACCGUCGCAGCAAUGCCGAUUCCGAUGAGGAGCUGGAUUAUUAUAACAGGACCGGUUACUUUGAUGCCCAUAUGUCUGGCUCCACAUUGGGAGCGUCCUUCUGCCAAAUGUUAACCAUCACCAUGGCAACACUUUCCUCCAAAUAUACACUCUUUUGGGACUCCAUGCUGUAG